GGUUUGGGGUGAAGUCCCGAGAGUUGCCCUCAUGCAGUGACGUCACGCGUGUUCGUCAGAGGAGAACCUGUAACAGGAAAAAAAAAGAAAAAAAAAAAAGAAUCCGCACAAGAAAUCUCACGCUUUGCCACCCAGCGACUCCUCAAGGAUCAGAGUUGGAGUUCGUGCACGAUCUUCAGCGCUCGCGCCUGUGCAUGUGACUGAUGUCCUCUGAUGCACGGGCACAGGACUGUGAACGCGGAGGUUGCGCUUUUGUUUAGUUAGUUUUUUGUUUUUAUCAAAGCACUGAGAUCAGGAGAGCAGCGCAGAAGUUUCCACUCCUCUACAGGAAUGUCCCACAAGGAGAGACCGACUUUCUAUCGACAGGAGCUCAAUAAGACCAUCUGGGAGGUGCCGGAGCGGUACCAGAGUUUAUCGCCCGUGGGCUCUGGAGCUUAUGGAUCCGUAUGCUCCGCGUUAGACUCAAAGUCAGGCCUGAGGGUCGCAGUCAAGAAGCUGUCCCGGCCCUUCCAGUCCAUCAUCCACGCCAAGCGCACAUACAGAGAACUGCGGCUGCUGAAACACAUGAAACACGAGAAUGUAAUUGGGCUUCUAGAUGUUUUCUCGCCCGCUACCAGUCUAGAAGAAUUCAAUGACGUGUAUCUGGUGACUCACCUGAUGGGAGCAGACCUCAACAAUAUCGUCAAGUGCCAGAAGCUGACAGAUGACCACGUCCAGUUCCUCAUUUAUCAGAUCCUUCGAGGAUUAAAGUACAUUCACUCAGCAGACAUCAUCCACAGAGAUCUUAAACCCAGUAACUUGGCUGUAAAUGAAGACUGUGAACUGAAGAUUUUGGACUUUGGUCUGGCCAGGCUGACUGACGAUGAGAUGACGGGAUACGUUGCCACCCGAUGGUACCGUGCCCCAGAGAUCAUGCUCAACUGGAUGCACUACAACAUGACAGUGGACAUCUGGUCGGUGGGCUGCAUAAUGGCUGAGCUCCUCACAGGACGGACCCUGUUUCCCGGCACUGAUCAUAUAAACCAGCUUCAGCAGAUAAUGCGACUGACAGGAACCCCGCCGGCCUCUCUAAUAAGCAGGAUGCCGAGCCACGAGGCAAGGAACUACAUCAAUUCCCUUCCUCAUAUGCCCAAAAGGAACUUCGCAGAUGUGUUUAUUGGUGCAAAUCCAUUAGCUGUGGACCUGCUGGAGAAGAUGCUGGUUCUAGACACGGAUAAACGGAUCACUGCGUCACAGGCUCUCGCGCACCCGUACUUCGCCCAGUAUCACGACCCAGAUGACGAGCCCGAGGCUGAGCCGUACGACCAGAGCUUUGAGAGUCGCGAUCUAGAGAUCGAUGAGUGGAAACGACUCACGUACGAGGAGGUGGUCAGCUUCGAGCCUCCCAUGUUCGACGGAGACGAGAUGGAGUCGUGAGGAGAAUCAGGACCUACAGGACCUUCAUCCGUACAGGAAAAUGACAUUCAAGUGCCUGCCAUCAUCAAGUGCUGGCUUCCCCGUGUUCUUAUCCAUGCCUUCAUACGCACUCAAAAUAAGAGAAAAAAACAUGCAAUCUUUCCAAAAGGACACAGAGAAAGUGAUGUUUUAAUCCCCAGUAAAAUGAACUACUUUUUUGGCCAGAACACUUAAAAUUAGAGAAAAAUGUGCAUUCUCAUAUCAAAUUCAUAUCAGCGUUUUAAGCUCACAGUUGCAUUUAUUAUUAUUCUUUCUCUGGGGAAGCGAAACAUUUACCUCCAAACUCCGCUUGUAGCCUAUACAAUAUAUAAAGGCCAGAAAAACUCUGUACUGUCGGAAUACUAAGUUUUAGAUAUGUAAAUAAAAUGGCACAGCUGUACAUAAAUGAUAAUAAUGUGCACCAACAGUUUUAUUUAGUAUUUGCAGCAAAGCACACAUCGCAGAAUGUGACCUGCAUUAUAAAUAGCAAAUGAACGAACUAAAGAGUGAAUCCGAACACCUAAAGAGAAUGUAAUUACUAUUUAGUGCUGUGUGUCGAAUGUAAACACAAGAGUGUUCAACUGCAUCCAUAACAGAUGACAGGAACAGUGAUAAAUAUGAAUACGUGCAGACGUGCUUGUUCUGAAAUGCAUACUGGAAAAACAUUUAGAAAAAACACAUAUGUGGUGCUCAGUGCGAAUGUAAAAUUCCUCACGAUUUUUUACAUUUACAAAUGUUACGGGCAAAUCUCAUGAAUCCUCUCUAGAACACGUCACCCCAAAAUCAGAAGAAAAAAGUUAAACGUAUAAGAAAACAAAGGCUAUUUUGAGAACCAUUAUACUAUUAAUAUAUUUUAUUACCAUAAUGCAAAAUUUUUCCCAAUUUUCAUUGCAGUAAUGCAGUGAAAAAAUUGUGAUUUAUUAUUUCAGCGGUAUUUUUAAUUUUUUUUUGUCCAUCAUGAUAAUAUUUGUUAUAAUGAUUUUAUUUAAUAAAAUGAGAAAUUUCUGUAAUACUGUAUUACAGUAAUGAGACCCGGCAUUGAGAAUAAUGUAUUAUUAUUAUUUUUAAAUCACGAAAAUCAUGUCAGAAUGCAAAAGGUUUUAAACAUAUGCUUCCUUUUUAUAUAUUAAAAAUGUAUUUUAAUUUUAUUUUUGGGUGAAAUGUGAUUUGGACGUGUUUGACUGGUUUUGUGCGAUCCAUCUUUUUUUAUCAGCCUGAUUUUUCCCAGAGUUAACACCAUGUUAAAGGGCAGCUGAUCCUCUGGCUAGACUAGAGCGUAGUUUCUUCCCUCAUUCUUUCACCUCUAUUUCAUUCAUUUAUUAUUUGUGUAAAUUGAGAGAAAUGGGUUUAAAAGGGGAUGAGGGUGUUAACUGUAAGUGUAUGUCAACAGAAAAACUCUACGAGCGAGAGACGGUUGCAUCAUGGUCCACAAUAAAAUAAUUCCCCUUUAUUUUUGCUUGCCCUGGGAAAGACAUACAGUACAGCCUGGAAGUUCAUGUUUGCAAAAAUGAAAAAGCCUGAGCCAAUAUCUUAAUUUAACAGCCCAGACUAGAAGACUGUCAUCAGGAAUGUGUUUUCUCAAGCACAGCCGGAAUCUAACUUAUUGUGUAAGAUUAUUUUUAAGGUGUUUUCUUUUUCACUGUAUAUUAUCACUUAAUUUUAUUCAGCAAUAUUUCCUCUGUUGAGCAUGUGUUGUUAUAUGUGAGGGGCGUGUGUUUGUUUCUGAAGAGUGCAGAAUCACUAAACGUGUCAAUCAGUGGUGAAUCGAGCAGCAAAAUCCAUUAAACGUCGCAUGGAACCGUUUUACAUAGAAAAGAGAUCAUUGUAUCACUUUUUUUGUGCAUAUAACCAGUUUUUCUUUAGUCACCCAUAAGUUAUGUGGUCUGUGAACAACCACUGCUAUUCAGAAAUAAAGGCAAAUAUUUUUCACAACA